AUUUUUUUUCAUAUUCGGAAGAAAUGUUUGUGCCGUUUAAACUUGUUGCGAACUCAUUUGGACAAUCCGUAUUGUACAAUGAGCGCCUUUAAAUAUGAGAGGAGCGAUUCGUCUGCUUUAAGGGAAGAAAUUUCUGAUGUGGUUGGGUAAAGCUAGCGUACAUAAUCGGAUCAAGGCGCAAAAUAUUAAAAAAACAAAACACAAUUUAACAAGGCGAUAGAACACACAUACACAUAGGAAACACACGUCUUAGCUUAUUCUAUUAUUAUUAUUAUUAUUAUUAUGUUUGUUUGUUUAAUUAAUAUUAAUACUGCAGGUUUGCGGUUAUUAUCCAGAUCUAAUCUUCUCCAAUAUAGCAGCACUUGCAUUCUCCCGGAUAGAGAUAUUCCUGGAAUCUUUGAAGCCCAGUACUUAGCCUCCGUCAUGCUGAUGCUGACAGGACAAUUGACUGGAGCCAGGUGGAAGUGGAAGACCCCCGGGAUUCUAGCUGGAGAGAAGAAGAUCAUAUUUAAGAAUUUAAGAAGAGCUGCGUCAAUGUCAGAGUCACAGUGUAGAAAUGUCAGGAAAGCACGGAUAGUGUUCCUGUUUGACCAGCAAGUGGAGAACAACAUGUGGAUGCGCAUGUUUCAACUUGCGUGUCUGCUGGGUUUGUAUCUACAGGCAACCAGAUGUCACCCACCGUGCAUUUUAAAUGGGCUAAGAGCUCUAUGCACGGCAAGGGGGUUCUACUGGGUUCCUACCCUGUCUCCCAACAUCACACACCUCUACGUGGACCUCAACUACAUCAGUGAGAUCAACAGCACCUCGCUUAGAGACUAUGUGGAGCUGCAAGAAUUAGAUCUUGGAAUGCAACGAGUGACACUCGUCUUAAAGAACAAUGCUUUCCUCAGGCAGAGUAAAUUGACACAGUUGAACCUAGGGAACAAUGUAGGCCUCACUCUUGAGCCAAGGGCAUUUGCAGGACUGUUCAAUCUGCAAAUCCUGCAUCUGUAUCACUGCAGUUUGAACGACUCCAUACUGUCAGGAAGCUAUUUGCAGCCACUCUUGAACUUAGAAAUGCUGGAUCUCUUUGGUAACCAGAUAGUGAGUCUCCAACCUGGUCAAUUUUUUUCAAGGCUGACUAAGUUUUCAUGGCUAAACCUGAAAUUGAAUCAGAUAAAAAAAAUAUGUAAAGAAGAUCUUGACGCUUUCAGAGGAAAAUACUUUACCAAUCUGAACUUGGAAUCCAACCAUUUAUACAGAACAUCUGGUGAAGACUUUGACUGGGAAGGUUGUGGGAACCCUUUCAAAGGGAUGGGCUUUGAUUAUCUGGACCUAUCCAUAAAUGGGCUGGAUAUCGAAAAAUCAAGACAAUUGUUUAAAGCAAUACAAGGGACACCAAUCAAUCACCUUAAAUACACUGGACACACUGGCAAAGGGUUUUCAUACAACAACCUCCGCGAUCCAGAUGAAAGCACAUUUGAAGGCCUCAAUAACAGUAGAGUCACCGUUUUAGAUCUGUCUAAGAGCUAUAUAUUUUCUCUGCAGAGAGCUGUUUUCAGCCCCUUAAACUAUUCAGUGAUUAUUGAUAUUUCCCAAAACAAGAUAAAUCAGAUAAACAGAGAUGCCUUUGGUGGUCUUCAGGGCAAUCUACGACUGCUCAACCUGUCAUUUAACCUCCUAGGAGAAAUAUAUUCCCACACAUUCACCAAUUUGACACAGCUUAGGGUGCUGGAUUUGUCUCACAACCACAUCGGCGUAUUGGGACACGAAGCCUUCAGUGGUCUUCCCAAAUUACGAGCUUUAUAUCUGACAGGAAACUCACUACGAGAUCUGGGUUUUCCUGCGUCAUUACCAAACUUAGAGUAUCUCCUUUUGAACGAUAAUAAAUUGGAAUCUGUCUUUAACAUAAAUAAAUUAGGUAUGAACAGUAUCCACGUGGACAUUGCAGAAAACAGAUUAACGGACAUGAUGGACAUUUAUAAGAUUUUAGCUGAUUUCGAGAAUCUCCUGAAUUUAUUCUCCGGUGGCAACUUCCUCAGGUGGUGCAACCCAGAUGAGGACAUAGCAGCAUCUCAUAAUAAUAGCUUGCAAGUGCUGGAUCUUCAUGACAGUUCAUUGCAGACACUUUGGUCACAAGGGAUUUGUCUGAAUCUGUUUGAUCACCUCCACAAUCUGCUUGGCCUGAAUAUAAGCCUCAAUUCACUUGCAACUCUUCCACGAGGGAUUUUCAGUGGUCUCAGCUCAAUCUAUGAGAUCGACCUUUCGUCUAACGCCUUGACCUAUCUGCAGGUCGGUGUCUUUCCGGAUAGCCUAAAGAUUCUCGACCUUUCAAACAACUUCCUAGCCUCCCCCGAUCCUGCGAGUUUUCGGUCUCUCAGCCACCUCAGUCUAUCAGGAAACCGGUUUCACUGUGACUGCCACAUGGAGAGUUUUUUGAAGUGGCUGAACAUGGCAAAUGUAACCUUUCUGAGCCCGGUCGAUACGUACCAAUGUGAGUUUCCAGAUAAUGUCCGUGACCUUCCUCUGUUGGACUAUUACACAAGAAUUGAACCAUGCGAGGGCGACGACGAAAAGGCCGCCCAAGAUCUCAAGUUUGCUCUCUUCAUCUUCUCUGCGCUCCUCAUCAGCAGCAUCAUUCUCAGUGGAAUUAUCUACAGCCAUCUCCGAGGGCACAUAUUUGUCAUCUACAAAAAAGUUGUCGGCAGAAUUGUUGAGGGCCCAAAACUGGCGCCACCUGCUAAUGAGAUACUGUACGACACCUUCUUCUGCUUCAGCAACAAAGACUACAGGUGGGUGGAGGUUGCUUUGCUGAAGAAGUUGGACAAUCAGUUUUCAGAGGAAAACAUGUUCCGCUGCUGUUUCGAGGCCAGAGACUUCCUGCCUGGUGAGGAUCACCUUUCAAACAUCAGGGACGCCAUCUGGCGCAGCAGGAAGACUUUGUGCAUCGUCUCCAAGGAGUUCCUUAAAGAUGGCUGGUGCUUGGAGGGUUUCACUUUAGCCCAGGGCCGGAUGCUGGAGGAGCUUACGAACAUUUUGAUCAUGCUGGUGGUGGGCAAGGUGACUCACUACCAGCUGAUGAGGUGCAACGUACUUAGAGCUUUUGUCCAGAGGAGGGAGUACCUCGUCUGGCCCGAGGACCUGCAGGACAUGGAGUGGUUCUAUGAGCGACUCGUCUCUCAGAUCCUCAAAGACACGAAGGUGAAGAAGUUUGCAGAGGAUAACCCUGAGCCUGCGGAGCCGGAGGUUCAGCCUGACACACAUAAUGGGAUCCAGCUAGAGAACAUCAAAUCAAUUGCCCUAUGAAGUGGGCCUGUAUGAAACAGUAAGUUGGAUUUUUGGCUUUGUUUUGGUUUAUUUGAACAAGUUUGAAACAACCCAUAAAGACGAGCUGCCAAUGAUAAGAAGCUCCUCAAGGAGAGGCAGGUGGAAAGUUCUUAUUCGUAAGGCCUCCUGUUCUCUUUGAUCUUGAAGUGUGUGGAUUAAAAAGAUCACUUUAUCAUAUCAUGAGCUGGGUUAGAUGGAAAGCAAAGAGUCUCCACAAUGUCCAAAAUCUAACCACAAAGGUCUGCAGGCCACUCUCACCAGUGUGAGGUCAAAGUGCUUGCCCCUAUGAUCUGGAGGAUUUGAAAAAUGUACAUGUGAGGAAACCUCUAUGAUGAAAAAAGGUUUGCCAGAGACGCUGGUGGAAAUGUUAGAAUGGUGGGGUCUUCUCAAGACUCAAGUUUACAGUCACUGAUUCAUACAUUUAGCAUCAUAUGUCAAAAAGUAAUUGAGGAUGAUGAGAGAUUUUUGAAGAUCCUGUAAAUGAUGAUUUUCCUGUAAAUGCUUUAAAAUGCUGAUUAUCCUCAUGUGUUUGUUGUCUACUGUUUAUCUGUUGGUACUGUAUCAAACAGGGACAAGUGUUUCCUUGUCCAAAUAUUUAUGUAAGUAAUACAUAUGAAUACUGUAAGCAAGCAAAGCCACUGAUACCAACAUAUGAAUGGAAAAUAUCAGCAAGUAGAGCUUGAAACACUCGAAGCACACUGCUAUUAUUCUGCUCUGCUGUGGACAGCACUGAGUACUUUACAGUUUGAAUAACCUUGACUGGGAUUUAUCAGUUUCACAUUGGUUACUCUUACUUUUAUUUAACCAAUGAAUGAUGUACAAACAAGUGAUUGUUGUCAUACUGUUGUUGUGUAUUCAAUGUACAUUAAAUUUGUCCGUCCAGUAACAGAUGAA